AUGGCGGCGCCACGGCCGGCCUCUCGCCUAUCGCUGCUGUUGGCGUUCCUGGCCUGCGCGGGGCCGGCACGGCCCUCGCCCCCCUUGCUGCUGCGGCCCCGGGAGAGAGAGAGGGACUCGGGUGGCGUCAACAUCGCCGUGGUCCACUCUGGCUCCUCCCUGCUCCCGGAGACGACAACGGCGGGGGGCGGAGAGCCGGGCCCCGCCGAAAGGGCGGUGACCGACACGGCCUCCCUGGCGGCGGUGGCGGCGGCGUCUUCGCUAGCGGCGCUGGUUGGGGAGGCGGUGAUGACACCGUCCGGGCCGGCCAACGUGAUUUACUUGGCGGUCAACGAGAGCAGCCCGGGGAGCCUCCUGCUGCAGCUGUGCGAGCUGCUUGCCACCACCCCGUUGCAGGGUUUGGUGUUUGAGGAAGAGCGGCCGCCGCCCCCCAACCGGGCCCCGCUGGCCCCCAUGCUGGAGUUCAUCUCGGCCCAGACGGGCGUUCCCGUGGUGGCGGUGGGCGGGGGCGCCAGCCUGGGACGGGAGCCGCAGGAGAGCGGCUCCAUCUACCUGCAGUUCACGUGCUCCACGGCGCUGCAGCUGGAGGUCAUCUUCGAGGUGCUGGAGGAGUACGACUGGACGUCCUUCUCGGUGGUGACCACGCGCCACCACGGCUACCAGGAUUUCCUGGACAUGGUGGAGGGCAUGACCGACGGCUCCUUCAUCGGCUGGGAGAGGAAAAGCGUGGUGGUCCUCAACGUCACCGACGACCCCGGCGGCGCUCGCACCAAACGUGUGCUCAAGGACAACGAGGCGCAGGUGCGUCUGCUGUACUGCUCCCUGGAGGAGGCGGAGCUAGUUUUCCGCGCCGCCUGGGCCUCGGGUCAGGCGGGUCCCAGUCACAUGUGGUUCGCCGUGGGCCCCGCGUUGGCCGGUUUGGGUCUGGAGGGGCUGCCCAAGGCCUUGUUCUCCAUCCGGCCGCAGGGGUGGAGGGACGAGCCACGCAGGCGCAUCGCCAAGGGCGUCUCGGUGCUGACCCACGGUGCCAUGGCGCUGCGGCGGGACCAAGGCGGCACCGGCCGGGCUCACUACGCCGGAAACUGUCACAGCGACGGCAACCAGACGCAGCGAAUGCUCGACAAAAUCAGGUACUUCACCAACAUCUCAAUCGGGGGCCGCGACUACUCCUUCAACGACGACGGCUAUCUGUCUAAUCCACUGCUGGACGUCAUCUCGUACAACAACGGGCGCGGCUGGGAAGAGGUGGGCUGGUGGGAGAACGGGCACUUGCGUCUGCGCUACCACCCGUGGUCCCGCUACGGCUCCUUCCUGAAGCCGCUGGACGACGCGCAGCACCUGCGGGUGGUGACGCUGGAGGAGCGACCCUUCGUCAUCGUGGAGCCCGCCGACCCGGGCACCAGCUCUUGUAUUCGGGACUCGGUGCCCUGCCGGAUGCCCCUCAACUCCAGCCUCGUUGUGGAAGGCACAUCUCCCAUGAAGCAUUGCUGCAAAGGUUUCUGCAUCGACGUUCUCAAGAGGCUGGCCAAGAUCGUGGGCUUCACCUACGAUCUCUACCUGGUCACCAACGGACGCCACGGGAAGAACAUUGAUGGCGAGUGGAACGGCAUGGUGGGCGAGGUGGUGUCUAGUAGGGCGGACAUGGCCAUUGGCUCGCUCACCAUCAACGAGGAGCGCUCGGAGGUGGUGGAAUUUUCUGUGCCCUUCGUGGAGACGGGCAUUAGCGUCAUGGUUUCUCGCAGCAACGGCACCGUCUCGCCUUCCGCCUUUCUCGAACCAUACAGCCCGGCCGUGUGGGUGAUGAUGUUCGUGAUGUGCCUGUCGGUGGUGGCCGUCACAGUCUUCAUCUUCGAGUUCUUCAGUCCGGUCGGGUACAACCGAAGCCUGCAGAGCGCCAAAAAGUCGGGCGGCUCCAAGUUCACCAUCGGCAAGUCGGUUUGGCUUCUGUGGGCGUUGGUCUUCAACAACUCCGUGCCUGUGGAGAACCCCCGAGGAACCACCAGCAAGAUCAUGGUUCUGGUGUGGGCCUUCUUCGCCGUCAUCUUCUUGGCGUCCUACACUGCCAACCUGGCCGCCUUCAUGAUCCAAGAGGAGUACAUCGAUACUGUGUCGGGACUGUCCGACAAGAAGUUCCAGCAGCCCACGGAGCAGUACCCGCCCCUACGCUUCGGCACGGUUCCCAAUGGCAGCACGGAGGAGAACAUCCGCUCAAACUAUCCCAACAUGCACCAGUACAUGAUCCGCAACAACCAGAAGGGCGUGGAGGAGGCCAUCGACAACCUGAAGACGGGGAAACUGGAUGCUUUUAUCUACGACGCCGCCGUGCUCAACUAUAUGGCUAGGAAGGAUGAAGGCUGCAAGGUGAUGACGAUCGGUUCCGGCAAAGUCUUCGCCACCACCGGCUACGGCAUCGCUCUGCACAAGAACUCCAGAUGGAAGAGACCGCUGGACCUGGCGCUGUUGCAGCUAGUGGGAGAUGAUGAGAUCGACAUGUUGGAGCGCCUUUGGCUGUCGGGGAUCUGCCACAAUGACAAGAUUGAGGUGAUGAGCAGCAAGCUGGACAUCGACAACAUGGCGGGCGUCUUUUACAUGUUGCUGGUGGCCAUGGGCCUCAGUUUGCUGGUCUUCGCCUGGGAGCAUCUGGUGUACUGGAAGCUACGACACUGCAUCAAGCGCUCCGGCGGAGGCAUGGACUUCCUCCUGGCGCUCAGCAGGGGCAUGUACAGCUGCUGUCAGUUCGAGGACGAGACGGCGCCAGGAAGCGGUAAGAGUUCCCUGCCGCAGUACCACACGGUGCCCACUGUGGCCCAGCAGCACUUGGUGACCGCCACAGUCAACAACACCACCGCCAUCGCCAUGGUGCAACAGCAGCCGCCAGCCAAGCACGUCCCCAAGCAGCCGCAGGGUCAGACGUAUAGCGCCAUGCUGCCGGGGUCGCCGCCACCUGCAGGUCAUUCCGCCGUGGCGCCGGGACGCUCCAACAGCCCCAUCUUCGAAGGCCCCAUGCCUUGCUCCACUUUCCUGCCUCGCCACGACCGCAGAUUGGCCGUGGUGGAUCGCUGGAACAGGCCCAAGCCAGAGAAGGUCUUGAGUGGCGGAAGCGGUGCCAGUCUGGGGAUAGGGGGAAUCGCGGGGGGCAUCACGGAACUCCAGGCCCAGCAACAGUACCAGCAGAACUUGGGGCAGCACUGGAAACUGAAAGGAGUGGGCGACAACAGUUUGGACGAGUACAAACGGUACUAUGGACCUAUAGAUCCGGAGGGGCUUGGAGCUAACUCGGAUCAACAGAUCGGAGGGAGCCAACAGACUCCCAAAAGUAAUUCCAGAGGCCCCAAGGCCACCGGAAUGUUGAGGCCGCUUCCUAAAGGCCCCGGACUCUUAAUAGGUAAACCGCCACCUCCGAUGCCGUCCUCACCACGAAGGCCUCCUUUCUGGCGGCGUGGAAGUCUUGCUCAGGCGAGGAGGAAGAGCUCAGGGGUACCUCUGUAUGAGAACAUCCUCCCCCUGGGGCGAAGAGGAGGUGGCCGGUACGGAGCAAGUGAUCUCAUGGGAAGGAGAGGGCGCCGUCCACCACCACUGCCCCCUAUGCCAGUCCCCCUUUCUUCCCCGACGCAUACCCCAACCACGCCCUCUUCUCCAUGCCGCUUCUACUCCACCUGCUCCAGUGCCUCCUCAUCAUCCUCUUCCUCCACAUCUUCCUCGUCCUCAUCUUCGUCCUCCGUCUCAGUCUCCCGCUCCAAUUCUCCUUCCUCCUGCUCCAGCGACAGCUCUUACAACUCCUCCUUAAGUUUCCGGUAUCGCGCAGGAGACCGGGAAUUUACAGCGGAAGACGACUACGACUCCGAUCUGCUCACGGAAGAGUCCAGUCUCCUCCUAGGCUCGCGCCGGAAGGUGCGCUCCCGUCGCAUGUCGUCACGCUCGCUGCCCUGCAGUCCACCGCCUCCGCCGGUCCCGCCGCGAAAGCCGCGUCCACAGAGGGACGACGGGCGAGAAAGGAGGAGCAGCCAGCUGGCGCAGUUGCAGGAGUGGUGGGCAUCGUGGGGCGACAGGGAAAGGGGGAAGACAGGGAAAACCAGCCUCGGAGAUUUAAGAGAUGACAAAAGGCAUCGUAAAGAGAGGGAACGUGAGAACAAGAGGAGGAAGAAGGGGAGAAAAAAGAAGAAGAGGGAGGAACGAGAGCGGGAGAGAGAACGAAAGCGGCGUAAAGCAAAAAAGAAAAAGAAGGAUCGAGAGGAGGGAAAACCAGGAACACCGGAUUACCCAUCCUACCUUCACCUGAGGAGGGAAUCUUUCCGAAAGAAGAGCGAGAGCUCUAUAAGGAGUUACGGAUGGAACAUUCCACCUGAAGACAACAGGAAAGAUCGUGAAGAAAAAGAGGAUGGCGAGGACAUUCGAGGGAAAGAAAGACAAGAUAGACGUAGGAACAGCAAACACUAUCAGUCCUCCAGCAAUAAGCCGUCCACAUCUGUCAAGUUCUGGGCAGGCAACCUGUCCUCCGACACCAUCCCGUCAGCCUUCCUGCCCCUCUUGCCCGUCUCUUCCAAGAGGAGGAAGAGCAAAAGCUCGGACAGGGGUACCGUGGGAAUAGAAGGAGAGAGGAAACCGCUGCUGGGCCGAACCGGGAGAGGCGAGAUGCCCUCCAAGGAAGGAAUAUCUUUCCAUGAAUGGGAGUCGGACCUGGAGGAAGAUGAAGAGUCUGAGCGAGAGCAAAGGAAAGGCGAGCGCGCUAAGAGGCAGAGCAGGACAAUCUCCGACGAGGACAGAGACCGGGAUAAGGUCGUCGGGAUAUAUUCGGACGACGAGGGCUCCUCGGGAGAGUUUGGCAAGUUUGAGAGGUACUGGGAAGAUCAUGACGGCAGAUCUGUGGGCGGGAUCGGUGGAGGCGGCUGGUUUUUUAGCACCUACCCCUCCAGGGACAAAGCAGGUAGCAUCAACAGCAGAGAUGAUUUGUUCUUAGAACGAGGGGACAGGUGGGGGACCGGAGAAAGCGGCUGGGGUUGGGGGUCGGGGUCCCACUGGCCGCCCUCUCCACUCACGCCACCCCCGCCUCGUCGCUAUUGGUCUGUGGACAAACUUCACAUCCAGGAUGAGAAGAAGAAGCGCAGAUCAAAGGACAAAGCGAGAGGGCGCACAGCUUGUUCUUCCUGCCAGUCCCCCCGACACCACCCGCAUUCUUCCAAGUGGACCGGCGUCACCUCACGCAGCCAAGAAGAGCUUUACCGCCACUGCCAGAGUUUAGCCAGCACCUCGAAGCCCAAACACGACUCCUCCUCUUCCUCCAAGCCGGAUCGCUCGCAGAAUCCCUCCAAAUCCGGAAGUCAGUCCAAUCUUAGCGUCCAGCAGAGAACGCAGAGAUCAGACAGAGGGAGACUUCCUUCCCCGCCUUCCGCCCUCGUUCCCAAUUUGCCUGCCCCACUUCCCGCCCUUCCAGCUCCCCCAUCCUCUGCUCACCCCGUCCACGCUCCCCCGCUGACCUCCUCCUCUUCGGUGUCCUCUCCCUCGGUGGUGUCGUCCACCCCUGGUGCCCCUCAGCCUUCCUCCGUGGCAAGUGCCAAACUACAGUACCAGAGGCUGCGCUCGGUACCUCCACCCCAGAGGUACCCUCAGUCUCCUCACGGGCCUCUUAAAUCCAAGAACCUCUGUUCUCGAAGGGGCUCGGCCCAUUUCUCCAGCGUGGAGAGUGAGGUCUGA